AUGAGCCUCCUACGCAACAAAAAUUCUCUCCGUGGCCAUCCAGAAUUCCGAGAAAUAAUCAUCCAGGACGACAAAACCAAGUCCCAGUUAGCUUCUUUACGUACAAUCAGGCAGGAGCUCAAAGACCGACAGAACCGAGCCUUCUGGUGCUCACGACUCAAAAAACUGAAUAACCUCUGCAUCUGGCCAGUUCUUUACACAAACGCGCAAUCAAUAUCCUCUAAAUAUAGUGAACUUCUCAUCUACGUCCAAAUACACAAGCCAUACAUAAUUUUCAUCUCAGAGACUUGGUUGAGGCCAUCAAUAAGUGACUCUGUCAUUUCUAUACCAGGGUAUUCUUUGUAUCGAGCCGACAGUACGGAAACUAUUGGUCAUCACGGAGUAUGCAUAUAUCUCACUGAAGAAAUCACUAAUUGUUUCAAAAUUAAUAUCCAACAAAACGAUUGGCCGAGUAUAGAUAAUUUGUUCAUGGUUAUUUCCAACCAACACUCCUCUCUCUUUAUUGGAUGUAUAUAUCGACCCUAUCCGUGCUUGUCUGAUACAGAGUGUGCGCGAUUUCUUACAACAACUUCGGAGAAAUAUCAGAAUAUUCUAAUCACUGGUGACUUUAAUUGUCCAGAUGUCGAUUGGACGCUUACAGCGAUGCCAUCUCAGAACUCGCCCUCCUUGCCUUAUGCCGACUUCGUUCACGGUUCCGGUUGCCAACAAGUCGUGACUCAACCAACUAGGUACAGAUCCGGUCAGACUCCUUCACUUCUUGAUCUCUUUAUAGUUUCUGAUCCAAAUAUCAUCUCAGAAAUAAAUUAUCUGCCACCUUUGGGGAAAUCUGACCACUUGGUAUUGACAACUGAAAUUCAGAUGCUCGUUUCUUCCUGUGAUCUCAGGGAGGAGAAAACUUUGAGAUUUAUCGACUACGAUGGGGUUUCUUCCCAUCUCAAUUCUAUCGACUGGUCUAACAUCAUGAGCGAUUCAGACAUCGAUACGAUUUGGAGCAUAUUUCUGAACAAAACACGAGUGACUGUUUCAGCUAACGAGCAGAUAAGGAUUGUCCGAACACACCCAUUAAAACCGUGGAUCAAUGAGCAUCCGGGCCUGGAGUCUGCUAACGUCUUAUCCGAAACCUUCGCUUCUAAUUUCACUGUGGAGCCGAUGGAUUCUAUUCCCACUCCUAAUGUGGACCGCAUCGCUGCAGACAUACCAGACGUCGUGAUUACCCAACAAAUAAUCAAGUAUCUAUUGGAUUUGAGAGUGGAUACCGCGCCGGGUAUUGAUGGGAUCACCACUCGUCUGCUUAAACAAUGUGCUGAAGCCUUCGCUCCUCCCUUGAAGAUUCUGUUCUCGAGAUCUGUCAACUCAUCCUGUAUUCCAUCCGACUGGCUCAAUGCGUCCAUAACUCCCAUAUUUAAAAAGGGUGAUAAACUAGAUCCCUCUAACUAUCGCCCCAUAAGUAUACUUUCUGCUGUUUCUAAGGUUCUGGAGAGGAUCAUAAGCGACCACUUGCAACAAUUCUGCUUGGAUAACGAGUUGAUCCCAAAAUCUCAGCACGGAUUCGUACCAAAACGCUCCACAACAACGAACCUCCUCUCGUGCGUUGCCGAAUGGACUAAGGCCUUGGACUCUGGAUCACCUGUUGACGUGAUAUACUUGGAUUUUUCUAGGGCGUUCGAUAAGGUGCCUCACAGACGUCUCCUCGCCAAGUUGGAGCAUCCGGGUGUUAGAGGAGGACUGUUGCGCUGGCUCAAGUCUUUUCUCUGCAAUUGCAGGUUUCGUGUACGUGUGGGUGGUGCUUAUUCCACUACUGAGAAACCGGUUACAUCGGGUGUUCCGCAAGGAUCAGUGUUGGGACCCAUCCUCUUUGUUUUAUAUGUUUCUGAUUUGCCUCCACUUAUUCGGUCCUUCAUCUCUACAUUUGCUGACGAUACUAAACUCUACGGCUUUCCUCUUCUACAGGGUGAUCUCCUUCAGAGGGACCUUGAUAUCCUCAUGGAAUGGUGCCUUGCCUGGAUGUUGCCACUGAAUGUCAAAUUGUAG